AUGGUCCAACAGACGACAAAUGAGCUGCCAACCCUAAAAAUUUAUUGGGAUGGUACAAUAUUAUCGACUCCGGGUGGAGUUUAUUAUGUUUCUAGUAAAUCAGAAUUGGUUGAACUGACGAGUGUAGUGAAUUUUGCACAACUACAAGUCGUAAUUAGAAGGGUAAUUGGGCUGCACGAUGCUGACGAGAUAGUGAAGAUUUAUCUACGAGUGCCUCGGUUCGAUGAACAUGGAAGAUUUCAAAAAUAUGAUGGUUUUCCUGUGGAGACAGAUGUUCACAUGGAAGCAAUGUGGCGUAAUGUUUCGCGGACGCCACAAAUGAUGGUACUUGAGUUUUAUAUUGUGUACAAUCCGUUAUCUCAAGUACGUGCAGAGUUUGCGGAUGUAGACGACUGUGCGGAUGUAGACGACUGUGCGGAUAUAGACGAUGGUGAUGAUUUUAGUGAUGAAGAUGAGGAAGAAGAACACUUCUAUGGGGCCGUUGCUGAUGACAACGAGGAUGAUGAUGAUGAUGACAUCGGUAGUGAGAAUGGAGAUGGCACCCAUGGUGAGAAUGUCGUUGGUGAGUCGGAACAAAAUACAGAUCAUUUCGAGUCGCGCCUUCCUCAUGAGUACACGCAUCAGAAUGUUGACGACAUGCGUGUCAAUAUGAAUCUGUGGCCUAAAGAAAAUGCAAUAUGGGAAGCUGGCAAAGAGUUUGAAUUGGGGAUGGUUUUUAGUUCGAGGUAUGCUGUCCAGACAUGCGCGACGAGUUAUCACAUUGCAGCUAAUAAAGAAUACAAGAGCAGUCGAACAACUGGUAAAACAGUAGUUCUUGUGUGUGUGAACAAUGACACUUGCAAUAGGAGGUUGCGUGCGUCGCUUUUAAAAGGCGAGAUAUAUUGGAUGAUAACAAGAUAUAACGGCCCCCACCAAUGCAGCGGCCAAUCAAUGAACCAAGACCAUCGCAAUUUAAGAGCGCGACAGAUUGCUGAACACAUCGACACGCAAUUGCAUCUGCAACGCCUGGAUACAAAAAAAACUUGGUAUGCCAAGAAAAAGGCCAUUGCAAACAGGUUCGGACAAUGGGACGACUCUUUCAAGGAGAUUUGCAAUUUUAUGACGAAUGUCACCGUUGCUUAUCCCAGGACAGUCUGGCAUGCUACCGGUACACCAAUUGAAAACAAUCCACAAUUCAGAACUUUCAAGCAUAUGUUUUGGACUUACGAGCCAAUGGUGAAGGGUUUUCAGUAUUGCAAGCCUGUGGUGUACAUCGACGGCACCCACACAUAUGGAAAAUACGAAAUGACUUUGCUGAUUGCUUCUGCAAUUGAAGGGAACAAUCACAUCAUGCCGAUAGAUUUUGCCAUUGUGAAGUCGGAAACUGCCGCAUCAUGGAGGUAUUUCAUGAGGAUGUUGAAGAGGUAUGUUUUGGGUGAGCGAAAGGUGUUUAUCAUAUCUGAUCGCGGCUCCGGUAUUAUGAGUGCCAUGGAGGGGCCUGAGUGGGCGGGUGAUACCCACAAGUGGUGUAUUAGACACCUAGUGAGCAACUUCCAUAACGCCUUCAAGAAAAAAUAUCUCAAAAAGCUUGCUGAAAAAGCUGGACGCGCAUACCAAGAGCAUAAAAGAGAUCGGUACAUUUCAUUGAUAGAGGCGGAUUCACCAGAGGGUUAUGCGUAUCUUAACCGCCUUGAUGUUACAAAAUGGAGAAUGAGCGGCGACACGUCUGGAAUGCGGCAUGAAUUAAAAGAGUUCAUUGAGAAGAGAAUAUGGAAAAACUCUUUAGAUUCCAGGUUAGAUCAAUCGUCAGUUGAUUCCUUCCUUCGAUCGUUAAGAAUUCUUGCUUUAAUCGCCAAUUCAGACUUUUUCCUCCUUGUGGUUGGUUCCAAGGUCUCUGAGUUGUGUCAAAAUCGAACUCGCAGUCAGCUCUUCUUAUUACCUUUUAUAGUCCCCAAGUUUAAAGGAAAAACCCUAAAAAACGGACUGAUUUUUGCUCUUGACCGGUUCUACUGGGCAGUCUGUGCCCACAGAAUUGAGACUUGGGAAAAUAAGUCAAAGACUCAUACGGCUUCACAGUUCAACGUGGCACAGAAGGUUUUCAAUGUCUUGACCCAGUGCGACAAUGUAAGACAUAAGGGUGGCAAUACACAGCAAGUUCGUCUACUGGACGGGACAUGCACCUGUGGAAAUUUUCAACAGUGGAAAAUUCAGUGCUCCCAUGCGAUAGCUGCCUGCAACCAAUACGGAGAGAACUACCGUGACUACAUUUCAUGGUAUUACAAAUGCGAGUAUGGAAUCUUAGCGUGGAGCUCUGUUUCAUUUGAACCCUUACGGAAUCGAAAGCGUUGGAUCACUUCCACUGAAAUUCUAUUUGUUCCUAACAGAGAGUGGAUGAGAAAGAAGGGUAGGCCGGUUGAGAGUAUGCGUCAGAAUGAAAUGGACCAGACAUUUAGAGACAGGCGGAAUAGCAACUACUGUAGAAGAUGUCUUACAUAUGGCCAUAACCUUAGUUCAUGUCCUUCGAGAGUUCAAUGA